CUUAUGCUUUAGCAACACUUGAUGGAACCAUUAUGUUAGUGCAAGAUGAAAUUAUUUUGUGGGCUAUGCAAGUAGAUCAUCAGAUAUUCGCUCUGAGUCGAUUGGAUGUCACAGGUAAUAAUUCAGACGAGAUAAUCGCCUGUGCUUGGGAUGGUCAGACAUAUAUUUUGGAUCAACAACGGCACAGCGUACGCUUUCAGUUUGAGGAACCGGUCAAAGCUUUCUGUACGGGAAAUUACAACGUGACUCCGGGCACAUCUAGUCCCAGCCUAGUAUACAACACUUUUAAUAACAAGAUUUUCCUUUACUACGAUGUUGUUCUCCCGAGCAUGACGAUAAAUUCUCUCAAUCCCAUGAAAGACUUUGAAUCUGACGAAAUGCAAACCUUACAGGAAUUAUUGGGCGAGUGCAGUACUAACGCGAAACAGAAAAAGAUGCAACAGUUAACCGAAUGGCUGUUAUACGGUGUACAUUAGUAUAUGGAACAAAUAAUAUAUAAUAUAUGGAAGGAAAUGUGUAAUAAAAUAUGCAUAUAUUCUAAAAUAUGCAUUAUUUUUGUUCCUCACAUUUCCAACAUUAUUAUUUAUAUAAUGUUAGAAAUAAAAAUCGACCGAAGAUGCUUGUUCCUGGACACAUGUAAUCAAUUUCCAAUUAAAAAUAUUCAGUUUUU